AUGGUGACAAUUACAAACGCACACACGGAGCUUAUUCACGAUGCAGUUUUGGACUACUAUGGAAAGAGACUAGCGACGUGUUCAUCGGAUAAAAGCAUUAAAAUCUUCGAGGUAGAGGGCGAAACACACCGGCUGGUGGAGACGCUGUACGGACACGAGGGUCCCGUAUGGCAGGUGGACUGGGCCCACCCUAAGUUCGGUGUUAUUCUGGCGUCGAGUUCGUACGACGGCAAGGUGCUGAUCUGGAGAGAGGAAAACGGCAGAUGGUCGCAGAUCGCGGUGCACGCAGUGCACUCUGCCUCGGUUAAUUCUGUGAAAUGGGCUCCACACGAAUACGGGCCUCUGUUGCUAGCUGCGUCAUCCGAUGGUAAGGUCUCUGUGGUGGAAUUCAAGGAGAACGGCACGACCGCCCCUAUACUGAUAGAUGCACACGCCAUCGGCGUAAACACGGCUUCCUGGGCGUCCGCAGCGCUUCAGGACGGUGCCGCGCCCCAGCAGAUGCGCAGGUUCGUCACUGGCGGUGCAGACAAUCUCGUCAAGGUGUGGAAGUUCAACCCGGACGCUAACACCUAUCUACUCGAAGACACACUAGAGGGACACUCUGACUGGGUCCGCGACGUCGCCUGGUCCCCCUCCGUCCUGUUACGUUCUUAUCUAGCAAGCGUGUCCCAGGAUCGCACAUGUAUCAUUUGGACCCAGGAGAACAGCCAAGGUCCAUGGAAGAAAACCCUCCUGAAAGAAGACAAGUUUCCAGACGUCUUGUGGAGAGCGAGCUGGUCCCUUUCCGGUAACAUCCUUGCUCUUUCCGGUGGCGACAACAAGGUCACCUUGUGGAAAGAAAACCUUGAGGGCAAAUGGGAGCCUGCCGGAGAAGUUGAGCAAUGA